AUGGUAAUGGCAAUAACUGUUUCGGAAGGCGAGGAAGGAAACGGUAUCCGAGCGAGUCCUGAUGCAGCCAGAAGUAAUUCCAAUAGUUGGUGGGGCGUGAAGGCUGAGAGUGAUGACGCUGACUCCAGAUGCUCAUAUUCCAGUACCAGCACUCCACCACCGGAAGCAGACGAGUCCCGCCCGCAGGUGGUGGCGGCCCGCGGGGACAGCAUCAUCGCGGUGGCCAACCCCGCGCUGCACGCGCCCCUCCCGCACGCCCCGCACGCCGCGCCACACCCCGCACGGAACCAUUCCAACUGA